GUAAAAUGCCGGAAUAUGAAAGUCCUCCACCUACAAAAGAAGAAGAAACUUUACCCGAAGAGAUGUUCGACCCUGAAGAGUUUGAUACUGAAGAGCAACCUGUAGACACUUUUAAUUUUUCCCUGACAGAAUUAUCUGUUUUGAUUCGAGUUUUAAAAACAGUUUCUGUUGAGGAUUUGAAAGAUUUGAACGAUUUAUCCAGUUUUAUCAGAAAUAAAACUGAAAAUGUUUUGAGGGGGAUUUAUGAAAGAUUUAAUCAUGAUUUUGGGGAAAAAUUUUUCAACAAUCUUGACGGGGUAAUUUUAUUAAAAAUUAUUUAUAUUAAAAUAUUUUUAGCGAAAAAAUUUUCUUAA